GUUCAGAGGCGUCAACGUGGGGUGGAAGAAAGACGACGAGCAGAGAAAUGAAGCAGCGGCGGUGAUGGCGAACCAAACGCUAAUGGUACUCUUGAAGCUUUUAGCCGCAGGCUUUUACGGAAUAAGCUCGUUCCUUAUAGUUGUGGUGAAUAAGAGCGUCCUGACCAAUUACAGGUUCCCAUCUUCAGUAUGUCUUGGCAUUGGUCAGAUGCUGGUAACAGUUGUUGUGUUACGGGUGGGAAAGGCCUUCCGGUUGCUCACCUUCCCUGAGUUUGAUGGUAGCAUUCCUAGAAAGACAUUUCCACUACCUUUUCUGUAUGUAGGGAAUCAAAUAACAGGACUCUUUGGGACAAAAAGGCUAAACCUGCCAAUGUUUACAGUACUGAGGAGGUUUUCUAUUCUCUUUACUAUGCUUGCAGAGGGUUUCUUGUUAAAAAAGAAAUUCUCCUGGUCAGUUCAGCUAUCUGUAUUUACAGUGAUUCUGGGGGCCUUUGUAGCGGCAAGUGCUGAUCUGGCCUUUGACCUGCAAGGGUACCUGUUCAUUUUAAUGAAUGAUAUCUUAACUGCUGCCAAUGGGGCUUUUGUAAAACAGAAACUUGACUCCAAGGAGCUUGGAAAGUAUGCCCUGCUCUAUUACAAUGCUUUAUUUAUGAUUCUCCCAACUCUGCUGUUGGCACAUGUCACAGGAGAAAUGGAUAAGGCUUUUGAUUAUGAAGGUUGGUCGGACGUGCUUUUUAUAGGUCAAUUCAUCCUUUCUUGUAUAAUGGGGUUUGUUUUAAUGUACUCCACAGUGCUUUGCACUCAGUAUAACUCUGCGCUAACUACUACCAUCGUCGGCUGCCUAAAAAACAUAUUAGUGACAUAUAUUGGAAUGGUGUUUGGAGGGGAUUACAUUUUCUCAUGGACUAACUUCGUUGGUCUAAACAUCAGUAUUGCUGGCAGUCUGGUGUACUCCUACGUUACCUUCACAGAGGAGCAGACCACCAAACAGUUUGACAAUGCCAACAAACUGGAGGUCAAAGGGAAAGUGGCCGUAUGACCACCAGUGUUUGGACACUUUGUCGGCAUGCACAGAAAUAUUUUUUGCAUUUGUUGCAAGAACAAGUAGUCAGUGAAGUCACUCUGGGGAUGUCUUUUAGUGUCAUGGAGAUAUUGACUGUAAAAUGUACUGCAGGUGCAGACAUGAUGUACUCUGAAAGUUGAGUCGAUUGCUGGAAUGUGUUUUUUCAGAGUGAUAGUCACAAUAACAAUAUUUAGCUGUUAAUUAUUUGUAUUAGAAAUGGGACUGUUUGUGCCCUGAAAUGAACCGUUUUUCUGGGUAUGUUGUACUUUGGCUGCUAUUGCCAUAAAUUGGAAUUGAUGAUUGUCGAUGUUAAAACACCUGUUGUGUUGCCUGUUAAAGAGUGCUUUACAGAUGCGUUUAAACUUGUCAGUAAGGCUAUUUAUUUUUAUGAGACUGUUAGGUUUUAGUAAAAGUAUUUAAAUUGUAAAAAGGGAGUUAUUUUAUUUUACAUUGUUGUUCUGGUACCCUGUUACAAUUCAAAUUGAACCAUACAUUUUAUUUCCAGAUGUUACUGGAAUGCUCCUUCAUAGCCUGAAUGAUAAAUGGGAAAGUGUGUUUAAGUGUUUUAAAACUAUAAGGUACGUGUGUGCAACAAAGUGGAUGUUUGAUUUGAAUAUUUUUAAAAUAUUAAGUUUUAAAGAGAUAUUUUCAGAGUUAUCAGUGUUACAAAAUAUCCAGAAGACAUUUCAUCUGAAAUUCUAAAAACAGCUUUCUAAUUUUUUUGUACUGCGGAAUGGGAUUCAGUAACGCUUGAUUUCUUUUGUACUGGAGGAAUCAGGCUUUGUUUAUUAAAGGUUAAUGGUGUAGUGGUUGCACUUUGCAAACUCUACUAACAAAUAUUUAUUUAAAAUCUCUGAUAAUUGAGAGAACCUGUAAACUGUCAAAGACAUAAUACUAGGUACAAGAAUAUCAGUAUUUUUUCAGUAUUUUGAUUGGUCUUUGUCAAAUGUGGCUACAUUAAUGAUAUGGCAGAAAGAGAAUUAAGAAUGUCCCCUACCUUAUGGCUGAUGUUGCUUUUGUAUUUUGAGGUUAUUGAAUGAAUGUCUAUUAACAUGCAUAUGUGUCUGAUGACAUCCAUUCUUGGCAAUAUCACAGGUUUCUCUAUUUCUUAUUCUAUAAAUGGAUUUAAAAAAAACUGAAAUGUGAUGUAUUCUAGGAGUUACUGAUUGAAUGUCUGUUCACAUGCAUCUAUGCCAUUUAUUUAACAUGUAGUCUGACCAUAGCUUUGAAAUUCUGUUAUUUAUUUGACAGAUAAUAGAUGCAUUUCUUUUUUUUUUUGGCACUGACUUCAAAGACCUGCUGUUGCUGCAAAUGUUUAAUUUCAUUACAAUUACUUUUUUAUUCUCAAUUGUUUUUAUAUUUGUAUAUUUAAGUUCUGAAACUGAAAACACUUGUCAUAUUGAACAAUUAUACUUCUGUCAAGAUGUCAGUAAAUGCUCUUAUUUUAGCAAUGAGAAACAGGAAGUGUGUGUGACGUUUAAAAUACAUCAACGCAAGAUACUUAACUGUGCAUUUUAGUUCAUAAAAGAAUGAAUGUUUAAUUUGUAUUUUCUUUUAAACUUUGUGUGGGGUUUUUUUGGGCAAUAAAGAUUUAUACUCACAAGGAGGUCUGUAUAUUGUUGGAAAUUUCACAUGCUUCAGUUGAGGUUGCAAAG